AAUACCGUGCAUACAUGUCGCUUGCAACCAAGGUAUUGGGAAAGGAUCGAACACCGACUUUGCUCCAGAGGCGGCUAGGUGUUCUUUCCAAUAUUCCAGAAAGUAUCAGGAUUUGGAGUCCUCUUUGCGUCGAGAAAGACAUGCAGCUAGUUGUCAGGUAAAUGCUGUCGUGGACAACGAAGUCGAUAAGGAUGAUGAUGACUUGAUGCAGUCCGAAGAACCCCAUAACAAUCGGGUCGUUCCCUUCACACCUGCUCGCACGCUGAGUUAUAGCCACAGUGAUAGAGACAUUGGCCUCCCCACACCCGAGUCACUGCCUCGACGACGAGUGGCUGCGUCACCACCUCCUUCGCCUACAUCCACAGCAUCAUUCUCCGGGUUCACGUCUUCUGGUAAUGAUGCGCAUAGCCCUUCUGAUAGGCAGAACCUUCAAACGGCUGGCGGCUCGCGCUCCGGCCCCAUUUCUCUCGCCAUCGGUUAUUUAUCAGGGUUCAUGGGGGGUUUCCGAUCGUCAUCUCACAUGUUCCUCCCGGAGAUAUCAUCGCUACAAACACAAGUCGCAGAUCUGCAGAGAUUAUUGGUUGCUGCUGGGAAUGCUCUUGAUGCGGCGAAUGGGACUACCCAGGCGUCACAAGAGCGAUGCUUGGGCAUUCUUGAAGAACUUCGCAGUGCUCACGUCACCAUUACGGAUCUCAAGAGUCGAGCUGCGAGGGAUGCAGUUGAAAAAGAUAAUUUGCUGCGAGAAGUCGGACAUCUCAAGGAGGAGGUGUCACGUUUGCAGGGUGGUGUGGAACAAAUUACCCGUAUUGCGCGCGGGGUAGGUCUUUUGAUUGAUGUUUUGUUUGUAUGCUUACCGUUCGGAUUUUAGUUGAUGCCGCUGUAGUAAGUUAAUUCUCGGCUGCUUGGUCUAGGACACGACUUGGCGAGAAAUCACAUGUAAAUUUAACGACCUCAUGAUAUGUACUACUAGAUCUGGGACAGUGGAUAGCAUGUUGAUGCCCGAACCACACUGGUUUCGGGUUCUGGACAUUCAAUUGAUAUAUUAGAUUUUAUUUUAUUUUUGCUUCAGAGGUUGGUCCUUUGGGGACGCCGUAUGUUGGGCAUUGUCUCGUCUAUUGUAUGGUG